CUGGGCUGGGCAGCCAGGAACAAGACAGAACGGGUCUGUAAAGGGGGGCUCUCUGCUUACGGGAAACUUCCACCCUCCAUCUCCUCCAUCAUACAGCCUCUAGUGGGCUGGCUGCCAGGGGGACUGAAAACGAAAGCAAAGCGACUGCAGAUAAAUUGGAGCAGCCGAGGCUCAGGACAGCAGUGUGUGUCCUGCUGCUCAGCAUCGCCAGGCUCAGCACCCACCAUGGCCCUGCGUGUCCUGCUGCCUCUGCUCCUGCUGGCAGCUGCUCUCCUGCUCCACCAGGCUGAAGGAGUGGACAAUCCGGCCUCAGACUGCUGCCUGAAGACCAGCCAGAGGACCAUCCCCAUCAAGUGGGUGAAGUCCUACAGCAUCCAGGGCCCCGAGUCAGGAUGUGUGCUGCGUGCUGUUGUGUUUACCACCAAGAAGAACAAGAAAAUCUGCUUCUCUCCUACUGACCCCGCUGUCCAGAAGCUGAUCAAGGACCUGAAGAACCCAAGAAGAAACACUUCCCAGGGCAAGCCCAAGAGGCAGAAGAGGAAGCAGGUCUAAGCCAGGCCUGGAGAGGACAAACACUUCCCCAAUGACCACCGCCCAGCAAUGGACACCUGCAGCGCACUCACCUUCCAGCAAUGGGGCAAGAGGGGACUGUGCUCUGCUCCAUGUCCCCCUCCCCACUGCUGGCACCCCCUCUCCCCAGCAGGGAGCUGAGCCCCAGCAGUGAGCACCUUCGCCAUGGUGGGGGCGUUCCUGCAAAGCACCUGGUGGGAUGGCAGCUUUAUUUGGGGAUAUUAUACAUUUGUAUUUAUAUUAAAGACUGCUUUACACAGAGGGCUCUGCUUUACAACCUGGAGGGCUCUGCUUGCAGCUUCACAGAGCACCCUUUAUGCUGCAGACUGGCUUUUCUGGAAGAUGGCUCUAAUUUUUUACCAAAUGAAUGAUGGCUGCAUUUCAUUCUCCUCUAGCCCUCUUGCUCCUUUGCAGCUUGCAGGCAGUGAUGCCCAGGCAGGUUACUGCCUCCCACAAACACACACAGCAGCUGAGAGCAUCAUGGGGACUGCAGGUUAUGCUUCAGUGCUGGGCUGGGGCUUAUCUUUGGCUUUUACAACAAGCUGUUGCAGUAUCACUUUUAGGAAGACAGGUUUUUUUCCCAAAUAUCCUUAGAUUUAUUAUUUUUUUUCAAUCCUUUUUAAAUUUAUUUUUUUUUUUAAUUUUUUUUAGGUAUAAAAUUGCCAUGAAGUCAAAGCAAAGUUUUCAUUUUAGUGCAGUUUUACUGCUUUGUCCUCACUUGUUUUUGCUGUAUUCAGAGAUUCAGACAUUAUCAAGCAAACUGCUUUGCUUUCAGGAACAAUAAAAGAAACUCUCUUAGGCUUUCUUCUCCAAAAUGAAAUUUGUGCAUGGUGGAAAUAGUGCACGGCAGGCUCUGCAGGUGCAGGAAUAGAAAGAUCUGCAGAAUUCAUUGCAGAGACGACGAGCAGCUCUAUCAAACAAACUGAAAGGGGGGGGUGCAAGCAGGUGGAUGGACAGAUCUCCUGUCUGCAGCUCCCUGCUGUGCUGAGGAAUGAUGGAAAGUCUCUGCAAAAGCCACAGUGCCGUUUGCUUGUGGACUUCAGUCAGCAAGGGUCUAUUAAGCAGUAUGAUUGCAGUAAUAGGAUUUGUGGGGCUUAACAAUUUCAGCAUAGGAAGUGUGCUGGCUGGGGAACACUUGUAGCUGAGUGCUUCUAUUGCGUACAUUUAUACGGCUGAUUGCUUUAUCCAGCGCGUGUUGAGGUGUAUUCUUUUAAGACUGUAAAGAAACUGUGAAGAACCCGAUACCGACCCUGGGCACUGAGCCGGCCCAGUGCCACAGUGCGGCUGUGCGGGCUCCAGGCAGGAUGCAAGGCAAUAAAACAUAUCCUUCAAACACCAACACA